GAGAGUUUUGUACGGUUAGAAGUAGGUGGAAGACGAGUCGCGUGGGUUUCUUUGUCCGUUCUACGCUGUUUCCCCCCACAAAGCCAAAGGCAGUACAGUCGGGAUCAAGGGCCUACUGUAUUUUGACUUCUUCGGCGCUCCGUCGCCAGAAAAAUUUGGAGCGUCCAGCUGUACCCCGCCCACUUCCCUGCGGACGUCCGCUGCCAUGGCGACUCUGCUGCACCCCGCCCGGGCCCCGGUCUGGCGACUCCUCAGCCGCCCCUGGCCUGCUGCAGAUGUGCCUCUCCGUGCGCAGAGCCAUGGCGUCGGCCUUUACCCCGAGCACAUCCGCACCUCCCCACUGCAGAAGGCGCUGCUAACCGCCGGCUCUGCCUGCAUGGCGCUCUACAACCCGUAUCGCCACGACAUGGUUGCAGUUCUAGGAGAGACCACAGGACACCAUGCCCUGAAAGUCCUCAGGGACCAGAUGAGGAAGAAUCCAGAGGGUGCCCAGAUCCUGCAAGAGCGACCCCGGAUCUCACUGUCCACUCUCGACCUAGGCAAGCUCCAGAGUUUGCCUGAAGGCUCCCUCGGUCGCGAGUAUCUCCGUUUCCUGGAUGUGAAUGGCGUCUCCCCAGACACCCGAGCUCCCACCCGCUUCGUGGAUGAUGAGGAGCUCGCCUAUGUGAUCCAGCGCUACCGGGAGGUGCAUGAUAUGUUCCACACCCUGCUGGGGAUGCCCACCAACAUACUGGGGGAAAUCGUGGUGAAAUGGUUCGAGGCUGUCCAGACCGGCCUGCCCAUGUGCAUCCUGGGUGCACUCUUUGGACCCCUCCGACUCAAGGCUCAGAACCUGCACGUGCUGAUCUCCGAGCUGAUCCCCUGGGCAGUCGAGAACGGGCGCAGAGCCCCAUGUGUCCUCAACCUCUACUACGAGCGGCGCUGGGAGCAGCCCCUGCAGGCUCUGCGGGAGGAGCUGGGCAUCACGGCACCCCCAGAGCACAUCCAGGGCCUGGCCUAGCCGCCCCCCCAGCUGCCCAGCCUGGGGGGGCUGGGCCUGCCCCCUCGCACCUGCUUCCCUCAGGGCAGAGGGGUCCUUUGCCCCAACCUUUGUUCCUUCUCUGUAAACACUGACCUUUGGACAUCAUUUGUCAUUGCUGUCAUAACCACUACUGACUGGCCUUGAGGACCAACCCAGGGGAGCAGGGAGCACUGGGGCUCCUGGGGAGCCAGGAGCUGCCCAGAGAAAGCCACAUGUAAACAGGGAUGUCCUGGGUCUACAGCACCUGCUCCGGAUGCCUGCUGCCAGCCAGGGUCUUCUGGGGCCAAGCUGGGUAUGCUCAGGAAUGAGGGCUUGCCCAGCUGCAAAGGCCUAAGAAGAGGGAGGGGAGGGAGGAGCGGGUCUGCUGUCUGAAUAAAGGCUCCAUCAGGCCAAGUA